UCGUCUUUGUAUGAAAUAUUGUAGUUGGCGCAACCUAAAAAAAAAUCGAUGAUUAUACAUUAUCGAAAGCUGAAACAUUCUUGUGCCCUGUUGUGUAAAAAUCAGCCUUCCACUCUUUUCUCAUUAAUACUUGGUUAAUUUCUUUGUCGAAUGCUCCUAGAAAGAGCAGGAUCGGUAUAUAUUUGUGGUAGGCAUCCUAGCCAGAAUGCAACAACGGUCUCCUAUCUAGCUAAAGCCAUUGCCGUGAUACUAGUCAUUAGUUGGUUUAAGAUCAUUCCUGAAUGUAUGGCGCAUGCUGGUGCUCUGUUUCGGGUAGAACCGAAAUUACCCAUCACAACACCGGCAAAACGGUUUGGUUUGUUUGCGCCCGCAGGUCGGUUGUUGCGACGGCGAGUUUGCCACUUUUUACUGAGUCAUCCAUUGCUCAACACUUCCGCUCGAAAAUCGACUAGGGGGUUAAUUACACUGCCGACGUCGUCAUCGAUCUACUCUAAAUCCCUAUCUCUACAUGCUUUUAGAAUUUAGUGGCUAGUCUCCGCUCACGACGGUUCGACCUCGCAUUGCUAGACCACGAUAUCUCUGCAAGCAAGCAUUUCUCCACGAAUCAGCCACCCUUCGCUGUUAUUAUUGUUCACUCAGCACCUAGGGCAGCGAAAAUGCCCAGUGCACCGAAGCAGCGGAAGAUAGCUAUUGUUGGCAGUCGAUCCGUAAAUCCUCUCUGACGGUUCGAU